AUGGCAAUUGCUCAAAACACAACGUUUAUCCCAGUGAAUGUUGGUGUGGUUCUUGACUUGGACGAUUUGGGUGGCAAGAUAGGGUUGAGUUGCAUCAACAUGGCCAUCUCAGACUUCUAUGCCACUCAUGGUCACUACAAAACAAGGCUGCUACUGACAACCAGAGACUCCAAGAAAGAUGUUGUUGGUGCAGCUUCAGCAGCCCUGGAUUUGAUAGAAAAUGUGGAAGUGCAAGCAAUUAUAGGGCCAACAACAUCAACGCAAGCAAACUUUGUUAUUGGCCUUGGAGAAAAUGCUCGGGUGCCCAUUAUAUCAUUUUCUGCAUCGAGUCCUUCUCUUACUUCCAUCAGGAGUUCCUAUUUUUUCCGAGCUACGCAAAAUGACUCAAGUCAAGUCAACUCCAUUGGUGCACUGGUUCAAGCCUUUGGAUGGAGAGAAGCUGUACCUAUCUAUGUAGACAACGAAUAUGGAGAGAGAAUCAUACCUUAUUUAACGAAUGCUUUGCAAGAAGUUGAUGCUCUUGUUCCCUACCGCAGUAUCAUUUCUCCUUCAGCUACUAAUGAUCAAAUUGUUGAAGAGCUUUAUAAGUUGAUGACAAUGCAAACUAGAGUUUUCAUUGUGCACAUGUUUCCAUCUCUUGGCGCCCGGCUUUUUGUCAAAGCUAAAGAGAUUGGGAUGAUGAGUGAAGGCUAUGUGUGGAUCAUGACUGAUUGGCUGACCGCAGCUCUCUCAAGUUCACCAGAUCCUGUUGUCAUUGAUGCUAUGCAAGGAGUAUUGGGGGUUAAGCCUUAUGUUCCAAAAACAAUGGAGCUAGGAAAUUUUCGGUUUCGGUGGAAAAGGAAAUUCCAACAAGAUAAUUCAGACAUGGUUGAUGCUGAGUUUAACAUUUAUGAAAUACAAGCCUAUGAUGCUACAAUAGCAUUGGCCAUGGCAAUUGAGAAAGCUGGUACUGCAAACUUAGGAUUUCGAAAGGCAAAUGUUUCUAACAAUUCAUCAACCGAUCUUGAAAAUUUCGGGGUCUCUCAAAAUGGUCCAAGCCUCCUCAGAGAAUUAUCAAAAACUAGUUUUGAAGGUCUCACAGGAGAUUUCCGCUUCAUUAAUGGGCAGCUACAAUCAUUGGCGUUCCAAAUAGUUAAUAUGAAUGAAAAUGGAGCAAGGGGGAUUGGAUUUUGGACAUCGAGAAAUGGACUCGAAAAAAACCUUAAGCCCAAAACAAAUGCCAGUACUUAUUCUACUUCCAAGUCCAGUCUUGCAACUAUUAUAUGGGCAGGGGAUUCAACUUCUAUUCCCAAGGGCUGGGAGAUUCCUACAAACGGGAAGAAGUUGCGGAUAGGAGUACCCGUCAAUGGUUUCAAUCGAUUUGUGAAAGUGACAAGAGAUUACAGUUCCAAUAUGACAACCGUCGUAGGAUACGGCAUAGCUAUUUUUGAUGCCGUAGUUGAGGAAUUACCUUAUGCCUUGACUUAUGAGUACGUCCCCUUUGCCAAGCCCAACGGCAAAUCUGCUGGAACUUACAAUGAUCUGGUCUAUCAAGUGUACUUAAAGAAGUACGAUGCUGUGGUCGGAGAUACAACUAUUACUGCCAACAGGUCCAGGUACGUUGAUUUUACGUUGCCUUACACAGAAAGUGGCGUCUGGAUGAUUGUUCCAAUCAAAGACGAAAGAAACAAAAAUGCUUGGCUUAUGGUGUAUAGUUCUCUGGAAGAAUGCGACGAGCUUUUCUCCAAAGGUAGCGGAAAUGGUGGCAUUGCUGCUGCGUUCGAUGAAGUUCCAUAUAUGAAGCUCCUACUAUCUAAGUAUUGCUCCAAAUAUACUAUGGUCGAACCUACAUUUAAAACAGGCGGUUUCGGCUUCGUUUUCCCUAAAGGUUCUCCUCUUGUAGCUGACGUAUCAAGAGCAGUUCUAAAUUUCACUGAAGGAGAUAAAAUGAAGGAAAUCGAGGAUGCUUGGUUUGGCAAAAAAAGCAGGUGUCUAGAUUCCGACACCUCGGUUUCAUCUAAUAGCCUUAGUCUGAAGAGUUUUUGGGGAUUAUUUUUAAUCACUGGAGUAGCUUCUUUUUUAGCUCUUAUGAUUUUCAUAGCCAUCUUUGUUAACGAGCACAGAACAGUACUCCUGCAGCCCUCCGAUUCAGAAGCUUCAACAUGGACGAGAAUUCUCGAUUUGUUUAGAAUUUUCAUUCAGAAGGACUUAAAAUCCCAUGCUUUCUGUAGCUAUAGAAGUGAACCGAACCCAAACCACAUAGCUAUCCCCGGAGAUCCUCCACCCGCAGACAAUGGUGAUGAUCCGAAUCCGAAUGCACAACCACCUAAUCAGGAGGAAGUACGAAAUUUUGAUAAGCCUAUCAUCCCAAAUCAAGAAAGACCAGCAGCUAUUGAAGUAAACCAUGAAGAUAAUUGA